GUCGCGCAGGCGUGCCGUGGCUGGUGUAGACGGUGGGGUCGGACUGCAGACACAGCCAGCUUCACAUAGUACGCACAUCUCUAUACGCCACCACCGUGUCGUAAAGUGUCUUAAGUCCUAAGAGCCGGGUUCGGUCAUGAAGUACAGCAUCGUUGCUUGGUUUGUCUGGUAUACCGCUGCGGAUGCUUUGUUUGCCACCGCACCGAUCGGCAGCAGCGCGGGCGCCUCACACCGAGGGAGAAUACAUCGGCAUUUAUCGGCAGCAACGCUGCUAGCGUUGCCGAGGCGCAGCGAUGCCGGGCAGGGAAUGGGUACCCGAAGGCUCUGCGCUGCCGACAGCAUCCACAGGAGCUACCCGAUGAUGCGCGGCGUUGCUGACGACCAUCAAGAACUGGUACUGAGAGAGUUUGCCCUGCCUCUGCAAGCUAGCCCAGGGUCGUACGAGAGACGGGUUAGGGCGGAGUGUUUGCGGGAGGGAGGGGAGACGGCUACAGUCGUUCGGUGGCACAUUAGCCACGCGGACGAAGCGACAGGCCGUGCUCAUGUAGAGGCUGUAUUCCUCCUUGCCGCAAGUGUAUCGGUAGACAAGAUCACAAUUGCCGAAGCGCCAUGAUACAGCUUGGUGCUCGACCUUGAAGCUUUUGGAGAAAUUGAUUUACCGAAGGGGUGCAUGCAGACCGCGUUGGUUCGACGUUUGCUGUGGCAACCUGAGAGCGACGGGAGCGCUGCUGUACGGCACUGCCGCUGGUGCUAGCCUUUUGACUUGGGGCUACAACAGCAGUAUCUGCAUUCUCCGGAAGUUGUUGAGCAUGGGAAUGUAGCGAGUUCGUCGUUGCUGCGAUAAAGAGGGGUGGCGCGCGCCACGGCUAACGGAUAGUACCACAGUAUCUGCGGCACCACAACAGAUUAUCCCUCUGGAUUGGACCCUGAGGACCCAUGGCGGGCUGGAAAGGUACAAGUUUGGUGCAUACCUAAACCUGACGCCACAUCGUUGUUUUUUGAAACACUCAAGGAAAAAUUCCAGCUUCUUAAAGCUAGGUUUGCGAAUAUGGGAACGGGUACCCUGAAAAAGAGGCGGAAAAUUUAUUCUACACGAGAGUAUCCCGCCGAAGACAGACAGACCCUUGCAGUGCAGGGAAAGGGGAGUAACAAAGAGGUACACGAAGAGAUAAACGAUUGCAGGCGCACCAUUUAUCUAAAUGCCGUUUGUUUUGCUUUGCUUUUUGUGCAUUGCCGACAUCGAGCGCCGUGUCGGUGCUCCCAAAAUGAAGACAUUGCAGUUUUGAUUAGGGGAUGACGGGUGUCAUCGCGUCUCGCUUCGUGCUUCGCAAAUACCUUCCCAAAAGAGUUGUGUGUGGUGAAUGACGUGCGAGUUUUGGGGUGACGAGACAGAUAUGCCUCGCGUCACUGGUGCAUCGUGUAGCAUACAUGCUUCAACUAGUCUCGUGCUGAUCGUGUCCUGUUGCGCCGCCACGCCCUCACCUAGGAACGUUGGGCCUCGCACAAUGACAUUCUGCUGUAGACCAACCUUGAAGUGAUUUUAUUUCUUCUCUUGGGCUGCUCUGUUGAGGCAACAAUAGGGUGUGCUGUGCGGUUUUUGGAAGCUGUCGAGACUGCAAUCCAACGCGUAUCAUUGGUAUCUGCUGUGCGACGCAGGAGGUCGACUCGACUUGUGCUCACGGUUGACUUGGUGGUGCAAGCACUUGUAGCUUUGCCAA